UCUUGAUUUUUUAAAUGAGCUGCCGAAAAUAAAUCUGAUUUAAUCUCAUGAGAACGUAAAUUAGGAAAACAUAAAUAUUCUCUUGUUAGUUGUAAACAUGUAAAAGCUGCUUAAGACACACAGAAAAGGUCAAUUAAUGCAUGUAGAUAAAUAUAAUAUUCAUUAGACACCUACGGUGGACAACAAAAUGAAAUUUACUUUAUUAAAAAGUGGAUUGAGCUGGAAAACACUUUUCAUUUAUAGCGGCAUAGAAUAACGUAAAGUAAUAAAUAUAUGUUAUAUGUAUUCGCCGACCGUCGAGCGACACGUCUCCAUCCGUGUCACCGGAGGAGCCGUUGAGCGACGAAACCGCAAAUGUCGAAACCGCGACGGCGAAAUUCGGGGAAGAGGGUCCUCGGGGGCCCCGCGGACUUUCGCCGGGGUCUGAUAUAUUAUGUCAUUUUAAAUCUCAUGUUGCGUAACAAUGUUUGAUAUUGUAUUAUUUCCUAAGGAUCAUAGCCUUUUUGAUAGAGCACAUAUCACCUUGCUUGAUUUGCAAUGGCUUAUUUCAAUGUCGAAUGCGGGCAAAUGACGUUAAUUGAAAACAAGAUUUUCACGCGGGCCUGAAAAUGCUAAUUAACAUUAUAUUCCAAGUGCUUUUAAGUCAUAAAUUUGAUAAUGACAACGAAUGCCAAUUUUUGCGUCAGUAUUAAGUAUAAAAGGGUUAGCACCCAUCAGAAUGUAUCAGUUCAAUUUCACAAAGCACUAAGCAAAUAUGGCAGCAUUCGCUUCUGCAGCAGUGGUCUGGCUCCUGGCGCUCGUCAGCAUUGCGUCUGCUACAGAUUUCAAAAAAUGCAAGAUUGGAACUCCUCCUUUGAACACUACCCUGGGAAACUGCGACAAAUACCCAUGCAACUUGGUCAGGGGUACGAACAUCUCAGGUGGAGUGGACUUUGUGUAUGCAAAAGACUUGACCGUGCUGAAACCUGAGCUCACCGUCUUUGUAAAUGGACUCCCAAUCAAGUGGCCAAUAAAUCAGAAGGACGGUUGUGCGAGUCUCACCCUGAACAAGUGUCCCAUCAAGGCAGGCACCAGGGCAAGGUUCGAGUACUCACUGUUCCUUGGCCCAAGAACCCCACUGGUCCAACCAUUGAUUCGGUUUGAGUUGAAGAGCGCGCGCGGAGAGACGAUGAUUUGCUCCGAGAUACCCGCCAGGAUCAUUCCAAAGAAAAAAUUCCAUUCUAAGAUGUUUGAAUCCUCUGAUUAAUGUGAUUAAAACUUAAUAAAUAUUUUCCAUUGAA